GUUUGUCGGGGCAGUUUGCAGGGUUGCUGCUUGUAGGGGUCACAGAUAGUCCGAUUGAAUUUUGGUUCAGAAUGGACAAAAAGAGACGGAUCGGUCUGAGAAUAUGCGGUGCCGUUGUCUAGUGACUGUGCCGGCGGUGCCAUAGAGGAGGAGUGCGCGGGUCAGCGGCGGGACGACGGCCGCACCAUAAGAGAUGCCGUGAUGGCAAGAGAGGAGUCCCGCGGAAAGAGACCCUUCAAGCUAUGGGACGGGCGUCGUAGCGUGCGCAAGGGGCUGGUGGUGGGGAGCCUCGACGAGCUAGUGCAGCGCGGCCGAGACAAGCUCGGCGUGUCCGUGGGCGAGCCGGUGCGGGUGGUGUUGGAGAGCGACGGGACCCAGGUAGAGGACGCCGAGUACUUCCGCACCCUCCCGGCCAACACCGUCCUCCUGCUGCUGCGGCCGGGCGAGCGAUGGCUGCCCGCCGGCGUGGACGUCAUCCGUGCAGUAGCCAUCUCGGCGAUCCCGAAGAUCGUGUGCGAGACGAUCCACGCCCUGGAGCUGCACGACGAGACGCCCUCAUGGAAGAUAAUGGACAACAAGGGCCGCGUCACCGUCGUGCUGCACUGGGACCAGCGUUCGGGCGCGCAGCGCGCCCCCUCCGAGGCGUCGUCGCCCGCCCCCGGCAAGUUCUCGCCGAGCAAGCGACCGUCGCUCGUCGGCGGCGGCGGCGUCAAGAAGGAGACGCUGAUCAACGACGCGUACGUGCCGCAGCCGCGCUACCCCAGCCCCCAGAUCACUGUGAUAAACCACGACGACGUCAAGCCCGCGCACCGGCUGCCGAAGCAGGCCGGCUCGCUCGAGGGCGCCGCCAUCCACGUCCACACGCCGGAGUGCGCCCACCACGUGCACAUGCCGCGCGCCGGCAGCCCGCAGAGCAACGGCGCGAUCGAGUGCGACUUCCACUGCUGCGCCCUCCACGAGGAGGGACGUAAGAUCGCCGUGCACAAGAGCGUCGCCACGUCGCCGAUCCAGGACGCGCAGCAGCAGACCUCGCCGCAGCCACAGUCGAGACACGUGCGUUUUUUAGACGUUGAAGGUGGCGGCCGACAAGGCGGGCAGUCCGAACACGAGAGCUCCGAGAGCGAAACGGAGAACACCGUGAUGGAGGACGAGGCCGUCACCUCUGAAAAAUUCCUGCUGCUGAUCGACCAACUGAGCGUCGACCAGAAGAGACAUCUCACCAUCAAGGACAUCGGUAUCAUACUCGAGCGAUUGAAUUCGAAGAUACUCGACGUCGAACGGUUGGACAGGGAGAGCGAGAGCGACGACUGUUACAACUGGACGAUCAAAGCGACGAUUCGCGGCGACGUGCUGCGCGAAUUGGGCGUCAUCUACAACGGCAACUACUACGCGAUAUCCGAACAUCCCGGUUACAAGGAGGAGAACGAGGGCGUCAUCGAGGAGGCCGAAGAAGAAGAAGAGGAAGAAGACAGGCUGUGAGAACAGCUAUCGACUGCCAUACGAAAAUUGUCAUAUGCACAAAGCAGAAACUCUUCUAGUAAUAAGAAUGGUGCAAAAUAUUCACAUAUCGGAUGUGAACUUUGUAAACGUACGACCCGUACUGACUUGCAUGGUGCUCGAAUUUUCACCCGUGUAGCGAGCUGUGCGGUUCGAUUACUGCCAACAAAACAGUAUAAAGUAGAUAAAAUGAAACAAAUAUUAAAAAAAAUUAAUAAUAAUAAAUUAAUUAAUUCAUUCAUUCGAGUACACGAAAAGAGAAACCUUAAACCAAACCAUCUGCAAAAUCAGAACAAAAUGAUGAUUCGAUUAAAAAAUAGAAUGAUAAUUUACGGUUCAUACAAACCACCACCAUAUUUAAUUAGUUUAAUAGGGAUUGACAAUCGAUGCUCGAUCGGUGCGUUUCGAUUCGUUCGUUUAAACGAGUUUUUAAGUCACCGACGAUACUUAAAGAACAUGAAAAAAAAAUUUGUGUUUUGUAUAGGUAUCCUUGUUAAUCAUGUAAAACAAUUUAUAAAUAAUAAAACUAUUCGCUUAGAUGGUUGUUUGUAUAUUGUAUCGCGAGCACGCGGUUCGCGUCGCUGGACUCUCUUAUCAUCAUCAGUUAUUAGUUAAAAAUACUUGUAUACAUAAUAUUAUUAUUAUUAUUAUUAUUAUUACUCUAUCUCUCUCUAUUUAGUUUUUCGUUUGGAUGAUUUUUUGUUUUUUGUACGAGUAAAGCCAUAAAUAACGAACGACGGUAAUUUACGAAAAGUUCAGCUAGGAAAAAAUAAUAUUUAAACAACAACAACAAAAAAAAGAACAAAAAAAAACAAGAUGAAACGUCUCUCCAUUUUGCCACCGGGAUGGAAGCGGCUUUAGGUUCGGCCGCACCGGAGGGCCCAUCUAGAUUAUUAUUACUAUUAUUACGUAUAUUAUAAACGCUUUGUACUUUUUAUAAUUAAUUAUGUCAAGUGUAAGAGUACCUAGCCAAUUUAAAGUUAAUUAUUUUUAAGGAACAAUUAGCGAAAGGACAUUUAAAUAAUAGAUGAAAUUCACGAAAAUUCAUAAUUAUUUAUAUAAAGUAUUAAUAAUAUAAGCAUUAUAAUAAAAACGAGUUGUUUAGGGUUAUCGAGAUGUUUAUAAAUGGGUUCAACCGAUUGAUUGAUUGAUUGUACAUUGCUCAAUUGUCUCUUUUUGUUUUUGUAUUUAACCAUAAUGAACCACCACGGUCGGGAUGUUGUGAUAAGAAUAUAUAUAUGUAGGUAUAUAAAAAUAUAUAUAUAGUGUACAAUUAUAUAUAUUUGGCGGACGCAGAAGAGGUGACGAAAGCGGCAGAAACGACUGGGACACUUGGUGAUUUUUCAUGCGAAAUGAAAAGCAAACGUAGGUCUAUAUUAGAUAAAUUAAUUAUAAUAAUUGGAAUGGGGUUUUUCGCAGCGGUGGGAAGGAAAAAAAAAGUGUGGUUGAUGGUCGAUGGACGAGCCCCGUCCAGCGAACGACGUCGAGUCCAUCCUCUGCAAACAAAUGUUCUAAAGUCUACCAACCACUGCCACCUAAUCUUAACCGCGUGGAUCAGCUGGGCCGAGGAGGGGACGGCGGCGGGGCGGCGACCCGGGCCCCCAUCGAUCGUCACGAGUGCACCGUGUCUUGUGUUAUGUGAUGUUUGUUGCAAGUUGGUCAACUGCACUGCGAAAUCCGUGGACGGUCGCGCGGGGGGCGGCUCGGGAGCGGCCGGGUCGUUGACUCCUGCAGAGGGGAGGACCGGUGACGGCACACUGCCCUACUUCCGAGCGGAGGGGCGAACCUAUUCAUUCGGCCUCCGGUAUUAUUAUGCAAUACGUGAUAAUUUUCAUCACUACAACUUCCAUCACGAUGAACCGCCGGUAAUCGUCGUAUCGAGUGAAUUAUUUAUUAACGCGGCGGCGGGAUUCAACACCUUCACGCGUCAUAUUCUACGUUGUUUUUGCGUUUAGGGCCAUUGGCGAUUCUUCGGUCACUGUUUUAUACCGAAACGAUACUCUCACGAUUAUUCAUCGUUCUUCGUUUGUACAUUAUAUUGUUCUUCAAUCAUUGUUUUCUCGGAUAGGACGAUUAAUGUUAACUAGAUACAAUUCUAUGAUUAUUAUUAUUAUUAUUAUCAUUAAUAUUAUUAUUACUAUCAUUAUUAAUAUCAUUUCGAUUAUUCUGCAUUACUCAAAUAAACAAAUUAACGAACAAGUAGGUUUUAUUCAAUUUUAUAAUGUUCUUUGGUUUACAUUUAUAAAACGAAUAUGUAAUUUAUAUACUUAUAAAUUUAUAAGUCGAAAAAAAUAUAACAGUACAAAAACUAAAUGCAUCUUUCUGUACCACCGUUGUCACGAUGUCUUCUUCCCACGCGGUUUUUGACAUGCCACUCUCUGUCGUACGAGAAACGCUCGCAUUGCGUCCACUUGGUUUGGUUUCUUUGUUGGACGACGUUAGCUAGAACGCGUGUUCGACGCACUACGUAGAGGACCCACGUUGUGUUUGUCUAGAAGUACUUGGAUGCACCGACCUACGACACUCCCAAAUGUCUGACAGAUCGAGAUUGUAAAAACCUGUGCUAAGGACACGUGUUUCCGAGUGUGAUGGACGUGUGCGACGUCGCCUUCGUAUUAAAUGUUCCACUUAUCUACUUCGUGCACCGAACUAAUUAAUCAACGACGAGUGCGAAAAAGUGUUAGGCCUAAGAGUUCUCCGCGGAAUUUACUACUUUGCUAGCUAAGAUUUUGGAAAAAGGCGAAACACGAAAACUUUGUACAUGUUACACGUCGUCGAUUUUUUGCGAUUUUUUAAAAAUUGUGAUCUUUGUUUGUUUAAGAAAUGAUGAAAAAUCGUUGGACGUGCCCAAGAGUUUGUGUUGACGCCUGUGACAAUUUGUUCCUAAUUUGUCGAAUAUGUGCUAGAUUAGACGGCCUGGAAUAAAAAAAAAACUAACUAAAUAAAAAGACUGAAGACAUACUCGAGUUUCUUGUGGGACGUAUCUCGCAUAAGCGAAAACAGAAAAGAGUGAGCUGAGAUAAUUCAUUUUUCGAUUUAGCCUAUACGUUAAGACGACCAUCUCAAAAACUAUAAAGUGAGCUGCCUCAUCCUUUUCUUCUAAAUUCGGCCUAAAUGGCAGAACAAAAUUUAAAAAAUACCAAUAAAAUAAAUUCGCUCUUCUUUCUACAUCUUUUUUUCGUUUAUAAUAAUUUCAGUUUGAAGGAACUCUGUUUCGUGCCGCCCACGACCUUCCUGCCCGAUUUCCCCUAAAUUCCUCCAAUUAUUGUGUUAAAAAAACAUCGAUUUUCCUCCCCAUUAAAAUUCAAUCAUUUUCCCUACAUCAAUAUUCACCGACCUCACCUACAUUUUAUCGCAUACAGAAGAUGGAUCGCCCACCCUACCGCAAAAAUCAAACGUUCAUCCCUUAAGUCCUACACAUAUUUAUUUUAUUUUCAAACAUAAAAAAGCUUCCUUACCCACGAUCAAUAUCCAUUAUGUACAAUUUCAUCAAAACGUCCCACUUACCCACUUCCACUCUAAAAAAAAACCAAACAGUAACGAAUAAAAAAAAGUUAGAAAAACAAAAAGCAUUCAUAUUGGUCCCACGAAACAACACCAGUUAACGCCCACAAUGAGCUGAAAUGACACGACCUCUGUACUACUCGGAACGGACGCCCACAUUUAAAGCUCCAUUAAAUCACUGCGUAAAGAUCGGGUGCAUCCACAAUAUGCGGAUUAUAAAGGAGCUGCAAUUCAAUUCGGGUUACUGAAGAAGUAUCGAUUAGACGAAACGAGGGACGAUCAUAAUUACGAAAUAGCAAGCAGAGGUACGGGGGCCGGAAAAUGCACUUCAGCUUACGAUAACAUUUGGAGAGUGUUAAGUUUAAGAGGGUAGAAAGCCACGUUUCGGCUUAAAUUAAAACCGAUACUUUGUAGUCUAAAAGGGGCGAAGCGUUUUUUAGCAAAUGACUUGAAGGCCAAAAAAUAUGUAGCAUAUUUGUAAAUUUUUGUGCACUUCCAAGCAAGACGCCGUCUAAUUGUUCGUAACGAUUUUCAAAACCGCGAUUAAUUUUUUAGCUGGUAUUAAAAUUUGAAUGUAAAAAUCGUAAUGGUUGCGGAUGACGUUCCCUGUCGUCGGAAUAAAACAAAUUCGGCGAAAUUUUAUUCACGUAAGCCAUAAAACGGAAGUCUUCUGAGAAAAUCGGACAAUUUUAAACAAACGCCUCACUUCGAGACCACGAAAUAGCGGAAGAAGCUAUCUUUUUCUAACGCGAAAGCCUAAUUUUAAAGGAAAACGUGUACUAAGGUUGCCCGAUCUAGUUACCGCAUUCAGAAAGAAACCAACGAUUUUCUUACAUGUUAUCCGUAUUGUUAAUUUUUGACUGAUUUAUAAAUUUGU